UGAAAAACUCUGCAUUCCUAGAAAGAAAAGGCCGUGAACAAGAAUUACCUAACCUAACCACGAUGAUGCCAGGGAACAUAGCUGCAGGAUGGGCGAGUCUGGGCUCGACUGUUGCCAGUUUCAUGUUCUUCUGGGCAGUCUUCAGGCAGUUCAUUCCGUAUGAACUACGCCUCCACUUGGAAAACUUGACACAUAAAAUCAUGGGCCUUUUUCAUCCUUACAUCCAGAUUUCCUUCCAUGAGUUCACUGGAGAUCGGCUCAAGCGCAGUGAAGCCUACACUGCUGUUGAGGCAUACCUCAGCACAAAUUCAUCCAAGAAUGCAAAGAGACUCAAGGCUGAGAUAGCAAAGGAUUGCAGCAGUCUAGCGCUCAGCAUGGAUGAACAUGAGAGAGUGACUGAUGAAUAUCGUGGGGCAAAAGUUUGGUGGGCUGCCAGCAAAUUAGUUCCACCAGCACGGUCGUCAGUUUCUUUUUAUCCAGAAAAAGAAAAGAGAUAUUACAAGCUCACAUUCCAUAAGAAGUACAGGGAGAUCAUGACUGACAAUUACUUGGAGCAUGUAGUGAAGGAGGGGAAGGAAAUCGGAGUAAGGAACAGGCAAAGGAAGCUUUACACCAACUGCAGCAACCAUAGAUGGCCAAGCCACAAUCAGCCUAUGUGGAGCCAUGUGGUAUUUGAGCAUCCAGCAACAUUUGAGACAAUCGCUUUGGAACCAGAGAAGAAGCAAGAUAUCAUUGAUGAUCUCUUGACUUUUAGCAAGAGCAAGGAUUAUUAUGCAAGGAUCGGGAAGGUGUGGAAGCGGGGUUAUCUCCUUUAUGGCCCACCAGGAACUGGUAAAUCCACCAUGAUUGCUGCAAUGGCUAAUCUAUUGAGCUAUGAUGUUUAUGAUCUUGAGCUUACAGCAGUGAAGGACAACACCGAGCUGAGGAAGCUUUUGAUUGAGACAACCAAUAAAUCUAUUAUAGUGAUUGAAGAUAUAGAUUGCUCGCUUGAUCUUACAGGUCAGAGGAAGAAGAAAGAGGAGAAAUCCUCUGAAAGCCAGGAGGAUGAGAAGGUGAAGGAAAUUUCCAGGAAGGACAACAGGGAAGAGAGCAGCAAAGUCACCCUCUCAGGGCUUUUGAAUUUCAUUGACGGGCUAUGGUCUGCUUGUGGAGGGGAGAGGCUAAUCGUCUUCACUACAAACUAUGUGGAGAAGCUGGACCCCGCACUAAUAAGAAGGGGUCGAAUGGACAAGCAUAUUGAGUUCUCCUACUGCAGUUUCAAGGCAUUCAAAGUGCUAGCAAAUAAUUACCUGGGUCUUGAGACACAUCCACUGUUUGAAAUGAUUCAACAGUCAAUGGAGGAGACCAAUAUCACGCCUGCUGAUGUUGCAGAGAACCUCAUGCCCAAAUCCCCAACAGAAGAUGCAGAGAAAUGUCUUUUAAACCUAAUUCGAGCUCUUGAAGAAGCAAAGGAAGAAGCAGCUAAGAAAAAAGCUGAGGAAUUGAAUGACACACAGGCAAAAAAAGAUGAGACUAUUCAGUCACAAGAGAUCAACUGAUCAAGCAGAACAAAUAAACUGAAAAAUGUAUCAUGCAAUGGUCAUGCAACUUUAUAACUGAAAUAAUUCAUGUAUAAAAUGUUCUUGGAUGCCAAAACUGUCGUGUAUCAACAACCUGUUUGAAAACCAAA